ACUAUUAUCGGAGAUACGCCAUCCCCAGGAGAGCGAACCAUAUCCACUACUGUCCCCAUUGGUUUGCCAGCCUCCUCUUCACAUUCUCCCCUCCGACUUGCCACCUUCACAGUGGAGGUCGCCUGCUGCGUUUGUCACCUCCCCCUUCUGGGCAUGUCCUUUCAGGGUUAUCAAUGCGACGUUUGUGGGAGUGCUUUUCACCGGCUCUGUCGCAUCUUUGUCGAAGAACAUCCUGAAUGUCCGAAACAGUUCCUUCCAGAUCCUUCGGUUCCCCAGACGCCCAAGGACUUUGAGGAUCAGAGUGAUGAAGUGACACUAAAGCUGCCAUUGCCAACUGCAACCGAGCCCCUGCUGUCUUCGUACUUUGGGGUAGCCAUUGAGGAUCAGGUAAGAGAAAACAAGACGAGCAUAUAA